UCGUUCAAUCAGUCAAAGUUAAAACCAGAUCUUUUUCGUAACCAGUGCAAUGAAGAAUAUGGUGAGUCAGUUGAAUGCGAACACUGGCUUACUGUUCGCUAAGAAGAAAGGGACGAGCAAGAGGAGUCAGUCAAUCAGCAGUGAAUUGCAGUCCAUGUCAUCAUUCAAAGACGCCGACCAGUUCUACUCCAAAUUGCAGACUCUAGUCAUAGCCGCUUUUCAAGACUCCGGAUUCUCCCAUGCUGAAAUUGAAAAACUGAAGGAAGCUUGCAAUGACAUCGACAAUGAAAACAACAGAGUCAGAAAUGCAGUGCUUGAUGUUUCGGCCAAAAUCAAAAAAAUGAACCGGGCUGAAGCAUCAAACGCAAGAGGUGAGGCUGUGAAGUCAUCUAGAAGAAAGAGUUCGCUCACAGCGCUAUUUCAUAACUAGAAUCGCACAAAUCAAGGAAAAGA